UACAGUUGUUGUCGAAGCUCUGUUUGAUACAUUAAGCGAUAAAGAUGACAUGGUACAACUAUCUGCUAUCGAAUCCAUAAGGACAUUAUCACGUAAAAAACCUUCCCUUAUUAUUCAGACUGCUGUUUCUUUUUUGGAAUUGUACCAGAAGAGAUUACAAAAUCAUAAUUCGAUCGUUGUUAUAAAAAUAAUGACGGAUGUUUGUCAAAAUCUUGUUACACCUCUGGAUGAAACUUUAGCAAUAUCUGUUGCAAAUUUAGCUGUGGAGACGAUUGAGGCUGGAACGGACGAGGCAUCGGACUUGUUGGUCGCAUUAAGCAAAAUUCAUUGUUCGCAAGCAGUAGGAGCAUUAGUAAUAAAGUUUAAGCCAAAUACAAGGCCACACUAUACAAUAAUAAGAGCUAUAGGAAUGAUUGCGGAAAAAAAUUCCACAGGAAUAUUUCCAUUCAUAAAAGUGGCAUUAAGUAUCUUAGAAUCAUUGUUGCUUAGUAUGCACGAAGAAUCGUUUAGAAUAGCAAUUGCCUUUACUUUGGGAAAAAUAUCAGAUGCGAUUCACGAUUGCCCUACAAGCACGGAGAUAGUUCCUAAUGCAGAACUACGCGAAGAUAUGCUUUACGACGAGCUUUUAACUGCUUUCGAAGUGUUGAUCGAAUGGCUUUGCACAAGUCGUAAUAUAAUUUUAAUAGAAAAUAUUUUAAUAACACUUGCUUCAAUUUUACCUUUUCUACCGAAAGACUAUAAUUAUAUAUUUAUUUUGAAAGUUAUUCCUACUCUGUUGAAUUUGUGUAAAAAAUUUAAUGUGAGAUUAGCUGCCUCAAGACUGCUUGCGAUAAUUUUAAAUACCGUAGCGUUUCAUGUAAAGGAACUUCUUCAACCCUUGUUGGAGCAAAUACAUCAGACAUUGUCGGAAAUGAUUAGCAUCGCACCUUUUGACGAUACGAGGGAUGCAUUAUUAACUCAUUAUGAAGUCUUACAGUGUUUCCGAGCCAUUGUAAUUUUAUAUCCAAGAGAGGGAUUGGAUCGGCUCUUGCAACAAUUAAAAUCGCAAAACAUCACUCAACGCUCUCGGUCAUUAGUCGUCCUUAGACAUCUCAUAAAUACUUUACCAGCAGAAGAUCACGAAGGACUUCGAAGAAUCGCCCUGAAUCUUCAAGAUUCAUUGGGUGAGAAAACCACUCACCAUAUUGUUGGCGCAAUCGUAGCUUUAGCUGCAAGACCAACUCUGCCACUCUUACCUUCUCAACUGUCGUCAUUCAUAAAAUUCAUGGUCAUGCAUUCUAACUUGGAAACGGAUGAAGGAGUAGCUUGCGAGGAAGCUUUACAUCUUCUAUCCAGCACGGUUAACGGAGCUGAAACAUGGCUUUGGCCGUUGCUGAUUAAAGCUUUGUUAGAUCCGUUAAACACAGCCUCCGCCGUCUCGAUUUUACGUGCCUUGGCGCCUCUGGCUGUUAAAAUAAUUCGAGACGAGAAUAAUCUCGCCGAUCAGAAGGACUUUCAAAGCUUGAAAGUUUUUGGCCGCUGCUUGGAGCUCUUGGAAAGCGAACGAAAUCAAUCAGCUGUCAUUGCCUUUCUUAAAUGUACGGCACCACUUUUGGGGCAUCGACUGAAGCCACAGUGGGACACUAAGCUUACCGAAUUAUCGAAAUUCUUGAAUCAAUGUGCGGAGACUAUGACGGAGGUAGAGAAAACGCAGAUUUGGGAAGAGAAAAUCGUUGAAUUUGUGGAAGAGAGCGUUAAUUUGGAGGGCGAGUAUUGGGGUUUAAGAUUGGCGGACGAAUUAAUGGGAAAGACCAUCACUCCAUCGCUUUCGAUCAUUUUAGCGGCUGUAGCCAGGGAACCAAUUCAUAUUACAAUAUUGGUUGAAUCAGCGCGGAUGCAUAGUGUAAUUAGUACUGGACAAAGACCCACAUCCAGUAAGUACGCAAGGGCUGUAGGUAUCUGUGCAAAAAAUCAUUUGGAGAAGGUUUUGAAAAUCAUGUUGGGCUUUUGCAAACUCGAAGACGUGAAAAAGCAACCCGUAAGACUUCUUGGCUGGAUUAGAGAUGCGAAAGCCGCGACAAUUAACGAAGCGACCAAAGCUGGUUUGUUGAUGGCAUACGCAGAAAUUGCAAAAAGAGGAGAUGCCACGGCUUUGUUUCCUACCUUGGAUAAGGAGAUUUUUCCUUGGAUCGUAGAGCAAGUAUACAGUUGCAAGGAAAUAACGACGAAAGAAGCCGCGCUCGUUGCCUUAGAGCAAGCAGGUGAAGCCAUUCAUCCCAAUCGAUUACCCAACUCACCGGGUUUUUAUGAUCGAGAGCAUGCUUUGCAAAUUCUUUUGAGACUUUAUCAAUCACCCACCGGCUAUAAGCCAUUGCAGUUGUAUCCAUUGAUUUUGAAAGCAAUACUAUCGUUAAUAAAGUUACCUCCCGUCUUGACCGACGAAGAGAAAGAGGUACUUCUUAAAACAACGAUUGAUAAAAUAAUACCAGCUAGCAAUCAGAUCGAGGAGAUGAAGAUGCCGCAAGUCAUGCAACAGACUAUUGAAUAUUUGGGCACUAUCAGCAGUGAAACUGUUGCCAAUUCAGCAGAUACUUUCGCAUUGUUAGUCGACAUUCUCAUAUCGUGGAUGGAAUCUGUAUCAUCUUUCAACCGUAGAAACGUAUUAUUUGUUCUUAGAACGACUCUUAGAUCUUAUUAUGAUUCAUUGAAAUAUACAUAUCCAGGAGGGAAAUUGGAGCCAGGCAAAUUACUUGGAAUGAUUUUAUGUUGGAGCGCAGAUCCUGAAUUUGCAUUGAGGCCACUGGUGGUCGAUUGCGUUGCUUUGGCAUUAAAUAUUGGGGCAAAAUAUCGAUCUACCAUGCCGGAUAAUAAUUUCAAUCACGACUUGAAUGAAUCGAAGCGAAUUCUCGUUAGCGAAGAUACUAAUUUCCUUUACGACGGCAUAAAGAGUCUGGCGGCAGCGGUUAGCGAGAGAAUAUCAGGUACGGAAAUUGUAAGCCUAACCCACGGCCUAAUCAAAGGAUUAUUGUAUCCGUCAGAAGCAAAAAUCGCCGCUGCAUUAGCCCUAUCGGAAUUAUUUAAAAUUCGUGGCUUGGAAUUUCCACGAUCGAAUCUCGAUGUGGUCGUUACAAUCAUUAAUCAACUGAGUCCAGAUAAUCCGAACUGUCUAAAGAAAGCUGUGGCGGCAAUUAAAGAAUUAUGCAUACACUAUCCACAAGAAAUUUUGGAGCAUCUGCUACACCAGCCUAUACCUUUUGAUUGUGGCACCAUGGAAUUUUGGAAAGAGCUUGGAAAAUCAGACGAUAUUGGCUUUCGUGCGUUGGAGCUGCUUUUAACCAGAUUGAAAAAUGAUGAUAUACUAAUCGACAAUAUUUCAUCAGCUGAUAAUUACACUAAACGUUCUGUCGCGGCGUUUACGUCCUUGGCAGCAAUUAUGGCGAUCGGACAGCUCUUGAGCUCUCCAAAGGCUCAAGACUUAAUCGAUCCAGAACUUGCGGCAUUAAUCGCCGUUUUAAUCAAGUUUUUGGCCGGUUGGUUACACGCUGAUCCACCAAUGUCCAGCAUCCGCACGAAAUUUGGUUUUGUACCUAAUCGCGGGGCAUGCAAAAUUAAUCCACAUAAAGAAGCCUACGCUGUCCUAAUAAAAGUUUUGAAUAUUAUUGGACUGCAUGAUGCAAAUAAAUCAACCGAAUUUAGUUUCGAGUCCGAGUCAGAAGCCGAGGAGAAUUUAGUGAGGACGAUGCGCGCGGUUAUGCAGUGCUUAUCAAAGCGCAACGACAUCCUGAUCGACGUGACCAGAUGCUUGGAGAAUCUCGUGACCAGUAAUCUGCCAGCUCAAAGGGCAGUUGCCAUAGUCUUUCACGCGGAGCUCAUCGGCGAUCCAAUCUUCGACGUCAUGUCGCUCGACUCAAUUGUGAAGAUGCUGCACGAGGCCAAGGCAGAUUCUUCUCCGCUGGUCAGGAAGUUGGCAACCAUUGGCCUCGCGCGAGUGGCACUCUUGGAACCGGAUCAGGUGGAGAAGUAUUUGGACAGCUGCCUGACCUCCCUGAUGAACGGCUUGGAGGAGCCAGCGAACGCGUACGGCAGUACGGAGGUGGUGCUGGAGUCGCUGAAGGGACUCGGGGUGCUGCUGUCGGCGAAGACGGACAAGCCGAUAAACCCGCGAGUCGUGUUUGCUCUCAAGCCCUUCAUCGAGAAGGAGAACUGGGAGAUGAAGCUCGCGGCGAUAAGGGCAUUGGGUUCGACAACCCAGGGCUGGCAAAGAUUCAUCCAGUCGCCGGACGACGACAUAACGGACCACUUGCUCGGAUGUAUACCCUGUCUCGUAAUCAAAUUGGAGGAUGACAACGAUAGCGUGGCAACGGAAUCGAGGAAGGUAUUGUACAGUAUGGGGCAUCUUAUACAAUGUGAAUCCUUGGCUAAAAUAAUCGACACUUAUCUAGCGCCCGAAAGUAAUUUGAAUUUUGAGAAGUUUGUACGAGAAUUGAUAAAUUGUUUGAAAACGGAUUUACCAUUACGAGCCGAAGAAUUGCGAAAUGCAAUUGUCCGAGGAUAUUCAAAAUCGGAAAAUGCGAUGGCUCGUGCGACGUCGGCGACGAUAUUAGGAUUGUUUGGUGAGCCGAGACCGGAGGACGUCCAGAGGAUGCUACAGCUAUUGCACGAUAAGGAUAAUAUCGUGAGAGCUCGAGCCGCUCAAAGUCUCGCUUUAAGUUUUACAUUUUGAGGCAAAUUAUUACUGGCUUUCACGGAAUUAUUAUCGUAAAUUUUAUAAAAUGAAAUGUGAUUACUGAUUAAUGUGAAAAUCAAAAUCACACGUUCUAUUUUUUAGGCAAAAUAUUUCAAAUAAUUUGGGAACAAACGAAUAAAAUGAUGAGAAAACU